AUGGUGAUGGAUGAUGAUACAUGUGGACGUGGUCAUGCAUUACAUCAUGGGUCAAAUUUGUAUCGUGAAACGCAAAAAAAUGCAACAGACAAGGAAGAAAUUGGUGUGUCUCCUCAGAGUCACAAGCACAAGUCUGUUCCUUCAUCUUCCAAACAGCAUGAAGGAACUUCUAAAUCAAGUUUAGAUGGUGAUGAAAUAAAGAAUUACAUCAAUAAAUGUCAUGAAAAUUAUGCUAAGGGAUCAAUCAAUGAUAUGGAAGUAUCUCGCGAUGAAGAAUCUAAUAAGCAUCACAUUCUUGAAGAGCAACAGUUGCUGGAUGUGAAUGCGGCCAAUAAAGACGCAGGUCAUGAGGAUGAUUUUGAAAAUGAGGACUGCUCUGAUUUGGAAGCUUUAGAGGAUGUGAAUCUAACCGCUAAAGAAGAUGUUAAUGAAGUGAAAUUGAAAAAUCAGGAAUCUACAGAUGUGACAGAUGGGCAGGAUGAAAUUGGUGGGACAAUAACUGAUUCAAUACAAGCAGCUGUAGAUACAAUUUUAUUUGGUCUGUCAACACCUUCGAUUACAAAGUCAAUGGAUGUUGGUGCUUCAAGUAAAAUGACCAAAAGACACUGGGACCUUCCAUACAGUCAGAUUCCACCUGACUUCCCUCAUGCUCAGGUUCGGGAGCUUCAAGCCUCAAAAGCGAAUGCACCUGGCAAACGAGAAAGAAAGAAGUCCAGGGUUUUAAGGUCAUCAUACAUUUCAAAGUAUGGUUCUGGCUCUAAAGAUUCUGUUGAUUUCGAUAAAGAGGAGAAGCUGAAGUAUGCUUUUGAUGGGAAAGAGACAGACAACCACUAUCGAGUAAAUGCUUCUGGUUUAGGUUACAGUCAAUUGAACUUUUUCGUUGCAUACCCACAGUCCAAGAAUUGGUUUUACUUGAGGUCCGAACGCAAGACAUACUGGAACGAUGAGACACAUACUCGCUAUUAUCCAGCGGAACCGAUAGUUGAGCUAUCGACGCAACAAGACUAUGAAGAAUCAAUUGUGGUGGCUAAGAAUGAAGAUUCUAUUACUAAUAUAAUUCAUGGAUUCUAUAUGCCUGAUGGAUUACCAUGGUAUAUGUUUGAUGAGGAAAGAUUGAUACGUGUGUAUGACUCACUGUCAAGUAAAAGGAAAAAAGAACCUCAUAUUGAAAUACAAAAGCUUGCAGUUAUGUUUCCUACCUAUUUGUCAGACAAUGGCUGUUAUGAUAAGACCGAGCGAACUAACUGGCCAUCACUUGAAGCGUGCAAAGGGAAGAUUACUAAGCAAACUGGUCUUGUAAAUAAAAUUCCAUUUGAUGUUAAUUAUGUGCAAAAUAUCCCACAACGAGCGUCUGAUAGUUUGGAUUGUGGCGUGUUUGUGUGCGCCUAUGCAAAGAUAUUAAGCGAAGGACUACAAGUUCAUUCAUGUCAGUUUGAUGCUGCAAGUCAACGUGCACGAUAUGCUUCCUUACUGUGGCAUUACGGAGUGGAAAAGACAAAUGAAGGGUACACGAGUGAUAAUGGAGAUCCGCCUCGACCAAACAAAAGUGUAAUCGAAGAAAUUGAAGCAAGUGCAAUUGUUACUUUAGAGUAG